AUGAAUUUUGAUUUAGUGAAAAAGUUGAUGGGAUUUUUUGGAAUUCAUCCUGAGAAGACAAAAGAUUCGCGUCAGAUUAUAAGGAGAAGAUUCUUCUUAGUCAUUUUAUUCUUUUUCAAUAUAUUUCCCAUGAGUUACGGAACUGUGUGGAAUAUUUUGAGUCACCAAAAUAUUAAUGCUUAUGCUGAACAUAUCAUGGUCAAUGCUUACAACAUAAGUGGAUAUAUGAAAUAUUGCAUGCUCAUCUGGAAUCUGGAGGAUUAUAGCAAAAUAUUCAAAACAAUGACAGAUUUAGUUCCAACCAGAUCAAUGACAAAAUCGGAUAAAAAUAGGAAAUCGCUUUACAGAGUUAUUCGCAGUUAUGUUUUAUUUUUAUGCACAUCAACGGCCAUUCCAUUUCUCAUGUUGACAUUAACUGACGAAGUGUUUAAAGAUGUUUUGAAGUAUCCUUUCGAUUUCAAUUUUACACCUUUUAAAGAAGUUGUUCAUACCAUGGGAUUUCUAACUGGAAUGACUUUUGGUGCUUUAAACUUUACAACUCAUAUUUGCUUUUACAGUUGUUGCAUUCAAGUCAUCACACUUUAUGAUUACUUAACUGAGCAAGUUUUAGAGGUGAACACGAAGCCUGAGAAUGAAAAGGAAAUCAUAAGAAAUUCUGUGGAGUUUCACAUGAAAACGAAGGAAAUUAUCAGAGAUAUUUCCUCAAAUUUUCACGGAUUUUUGCUGAGUGAUGUCUUGAGUUACAUAAUCAUGUUGGGCACAAUUUUAUUUAAUCUUUCAUAUUCUUUAAUUUUCAUUCGUCUUGCUACAUAUUCUUUGUCAAGUUUUUAUGGAUCGUGGAUAUUUUGCAAUGGUGGAAAUAUUUUAAUUCUUCAAAGUCAAGAGAUGGCUGUGAAACUUUACACAGAAAUUCAUUGGCCUACCAUCAACUCACCUUCAUUAAAACGUUCAUUGAUCAUCAUGAUUAUGAAUUUUCAGAAACCAGUUCAAAUGAUUUUAUUCAAGAUGAGGAUUGUUGAUUUGGAAUUGUUCAUUUUUAUUGUUCAAACAGCAUACACAUUAUUCAAUGUGAUGAUAAAAUUAAACUAUUAA